AUGUCUGGAAUCCUUGGUAUCUCACCACGUUUGUUCAGACUGUCUGCAAUCGUGGUACUGCUUCAUGGUAUUGCAGCGGUAUGCACCGAGUAUGUUUUUCAAGUUGAAGGCUUCGCUUUCGGAUUGUUUUAUACAUUUCUGCAAUGUUUCACUUUUGCAGUCCUGGCGCUUCUAAAGUCUGUCGUGUCAGGUGGUCUCCGUUUGAACUCAUGGGCUAUUCGGGGUCCAGUUCUUGCAGGGCUGUCAAUGACCGUCUCGCAUGGUGCUGGCAUUUUAUCCUACUUGGAAGUGAACUACACAACCGCGAUGAUUUUCAAAAGCGCAAAGGUCCCAAGUGUUGUGCUGGGCGGCCGAUGGAUCAACAAGAACCAGACUAUGUCUCACGAGAUGUUCUGGGCAAUUUGCAUGAUGAUUGGGCUGCUUCUCUUUGGCUUGGGUGAUGGCUUGGAAUCAGCGCGAUUCACCGGCUUUGGGCUUGUCUUAAUUGCCAUCAACCUGGCUGGCAGCACCCUCACAGCAAAUCUUCAACAGAAAGUCUUGCAGUCUCCUGUACCUUGCUCAGUUCAAAGUAUGAUGCUGGUGCAAUAUGCAGCAGCUUCUGCUGUUCUCCUCCUUUACAUCGCUAGCACCACAGAGCUGUCGAGCGCCAUAAUUUGGUAUCUCGACAAUUCUUCCGCAUUCUUCUACACAAUGCUGGACAACUUGUUGACAUACAUUGGCUUGGAGGCCGUGAUGCGCAUCACAAAGGAUUUUGAUGCCACCAGAGCUAACGUCGUUUGUUCAGGAAGGAAAGCGAUUACCUUUCUCUUCUCAUAUUGGUUUUUCCCAAAGCCCUUCGGACCAUUUCAUGCGCUUGGCUUGCUGUUGACACUCGUGGGUGGAUGGAACUUGCAGCGAGUGAAGUGGAAUGCUGAAAGUGUUGUCAGACCUGGGCAAUCCGGAGCGCCUUGA